GGAAGAGUACCCCAUAUCAGAGGUAGUAUUUUUACAUUUUUCUAGUCCAGAUUAUCCUGUCUACUUGUGACAAAAAUUGUAUUUGGUUGGUUGGCUUCCAGGCCUACCCUCUAGACUUUGAGGGAAAAUGAGCAGUAUUAUACUUAGAUCUGCCUCUGCCCCACCCUUAAUUCUGACAUCUGAAAGAACAUCACAAAUAACUCCUUGGAAUCACCAUAGGCAAGGUGAAGAGGAAAUUCUCCAGGAAGCCAUUCCAAGGACUAACUUUAGUUUUCUGCUUUUCAAUAGAUCAUAAAGGGGUGCAUUGCCAACUCUGGCAAAAAGAAAUAUAAAAUGAAGUGUUAUAUUUUAAGAAAAAAAAUCAGGCCCAUAGGAGAUAACUUAUUUGUCUUAGAUAGUAACAAUGGGACAUACUUACCUAAAAUUAUUUUGUUCCAAGUUUAAAAAAUAAAAUAAUUUGGCAUUUAUCUGAAAUUCAAAUUAAAUUGGGCAUCUAAUAUUUAUAUUUACUAAAUCUGUCAACCCUACAUUCAUUCUAAGAAAGAACUAUAGUUUUUCUGACUAUGAAGAAGCAUAAAAUACACUAGUCCUGGUGGUCAUAGAAAGGGUUAUGUCAAAUGCUUUCUACCAAUUCAAAUUCAUUCUAUUUUUUUUUUAAUUAUAGGGCAGUGAUAAUCCAACUAUGCUAAGGGAUUAUAGAAUUAUAUUGCCUUUUUAUGAAGUUAAUGGAUAACUUUUUGAAUUUUAAUAAACUACUUAUGGCACUGUACAUGUCUCACCAAUGAACUUUCAUUAUUGCUAAAGUAAGUUGAGCUCAAAUACCCACUAUGACACGUACCUCACUUUGCUUAGGCCCACAGCAAUCACUACUGCACUGGAUAAGGCACUGGGCAGCACUGGAAAUUUUUUUCUGCAGAGUGUUGCACAUGGUUACAAGAUGGGCAUACCAACUUUUUAUGUUUUGGGGCAUCUGAAAUCUAGGACUUCUGAAUGAGACACUGAUCUCUUUCAAAUAUUACAUUAAAAUGUCAAAGCAAUAUUAUUUCUUUAAAGAAGGGAUAAGGGAGAGAUUAGAAAAUAAUACAUCUUUGGCAUUUUGGGACCUAGAGUCCUGGAUUAUUCAAAAUGAUUGGGUAGCAAUCCUCUUUAUAAUUUUCCUAGGAAUUAUUUUUGAGCUAGUACUAGUAAAAAUUUGUGCAUUCUUUCAGAAGAAGCCUGUACGUCCAGAAAAGGGUAGUUCAGAUGCCCAAGAGAAUGAAGACAGUUACCUGAAAAGCAUGAAAUUUGCUCCAGAGAAUCAGUCAGUUACUCAUUCAUCUUCAGAAGAAAGAGUUGACACUUUUUCAGAAAGAAGAAUUACAUCAUUACUUACAGCUAAAGAAAAUGAAGGUAACUUUGAAGAUGGAAUUUUGUCUUCAGAUGAAAUAAUAUGGGCACAUACCAGUGAAAGUGAAUAUCAAGUAAGUCACUUUAGUGAAAGUCACGUGCCAUCUUCAACUGAGAACAGCUCAUCUUUGUCAUUGUUUCAUUCAGAAGUAAAGGAAAUUUUUCUAAGUCGUAGAGAACAUCCAGAAAAUGAAAUACAAUUUUCCUCAAAGAAAUUAUUUUCAAUAAUGAAAACGAACAAAAAUAAAAAUUCAGGGUUUUCUUCUGAUCUUAAAUUUUUAGUAACUAAAUUCACUGUAGAAAAUGAAGAUCUAGAUGUGGCACCAUGCCCUCCUGCUCAUUUAUUUCUUUCUAGAGACCAAGUUAGACGUCUGGAAGAAAAUGUGAGAAAUCAAAUUCCUUCGAAACCUAAAGCUAAGUUAGUGAGUGGAACUACAGAUCUGUGCUUAAGAUCCCCAAUGUCUUUGAUUCAGAAUCAACAUUCUGUUGCAAUGGUUAUUUCUGCCCAAGCACAAGAUUCUUUUCUAGGACAAAAUGCUAUUCAGAAUCAAGGUUUUUAUGAAGCCAAAUUUCUUAGUCAAGCCCCAAAAUUUGUUCACGACCAAGAAUCUAUCAACAGCCAGCCUGAUAUCACAGCCAGCUACUUUGCUCAGCCUCAAGAUUUGAUGAGGAAACCAUUUAUCAGCAGCAUACAAGACUCCUUCCAAGCCCAAGAUUUAGACAGGAGUCAACAUUUUGUUAAAAUGACACAAGAUUCAGUAAAGGACCUAGAAUCUGAUGAACAGUUAGGUGAGGCCCAAUAUCCUGUUUGGUGUGAAGAUUCAAACAAGAUUAAAUAUUCAGUCAAGGGGAAAAAUACUAUUUAUAAGAAUAGUAAAUUCAUGGUUUUAACUGUAAGUCCAAAUUUAGUUGCUGAAGAUGUUCUGCAACUAGAGAGCUUAAAGCCACAAGACCAGCAACAAAUUGCUUCAUCAGAAUUAACCCAGGAUUCUGUAUAUAACUCAGUGCCUCUUUCACCUACCAUUAAAGGACAGAAAAACAGAAGAAAAACAUCAGACAGUAAAAGCAAACCCAAUCUUAAUAUACUAUCUCUAAAAGCAAAGAAAACACUAACUUCACGGGUAUUUCAAAUCACAGUAUGUUACCCUUCAAAAGAUCGAAAUGAAUUAGGAUGCAAGAACAAUGCUAGAAAGAAAGAAUUACGUGAAAGGAAAGGCGUAUCAGAUAUAGCUUUGAAUCUUAUUUCUGUUUCCAAGCAUACUCUUUCUUAUAUUAAAAAAUAUUCCAGAAAAAAACUAGUGAAAGUCAUGCCAGGUUUAAUAAAAUGUGAACAUUUUCUGCAGAAGCAAAAUAAGUCACCAGAUACAGAGAAAAUCAAUUACACAUUUGACCUGCAUAUUCCAAAGCAUGAGACACCUUUAGAAGAAGCUAUAUCAGAACCUAUGCAGAAACUUGUUUCAUCUCCCAAAAUGGAAUCAAACAGAACAAUGAAAAUACAGGAAGAUCUACAAAAUACAGAAAAUUCCCAUCUUCAAAUUUCAAAUGGAGAGGAGUUGCCAACUAGUACACCAAAAAUGCAAAAGUGCUUUCCCUUUGAAAAGGAAAAUAUACAGAAACAAAAGGAUUUUUUGGAAAUUGUUCUGGAGUCGUCAAAUGUCCAUUUGCUCAUCUCCCUAGGAAACAAAAAGCAUAAAAGCAGUGAAGAAUUAGAAAGCACAAAACUUCAAGUGAGUACAGAAAGUGUAAAUCUGAAGAAAAAAUCAUUUGUACUUAAUAUUACAGAAUACAGUGACCUAAAUGAAAGUGAUGAAUUAGAAAGCAACACUAGAAGCAUUAUAAAAAAUAUGCAUCAAGAUAAAAGAGUAUCUGAUGCCACUUAUGCUAUCAUUUCUGAACCACCUGAUAUGGAAAUGGACAGCAAAUUCAAAGCCAAGACAGAUACAUCAGGAAUAAUAAGGCUUAGCCAUUCAGCAUCAAACCAAGAGAAAUUGCUAGAUGAAAAGGAAACAUGUGAUGCAAAAUACAUUGAGAAGAGCUCUAUUUUUAAAAAGCCACAACAACGUGACAGAGAGAAAGAGAAUGAAGUGAAACAAGAGGAACAAGAAGCAAUUCCAGAGCUGACAGAAGGUUUCAAGUUCAGCAUACAUCUAAAUCAAAAGCCCAAACAUCUCAAAUUUGAAAUGGAACAGAUCAGUUCAGGAAGUAGAAAAACUCCAAAUGAAAAGCAAGAGAUACAAACAAAUACUCUUUCUACACAGACUAUCUUGGGACCUAGUCCAUGUACCUUGACAGAUCCAAUUCAAGUUGAGAAGGUGAAGCAAAGCACAGACAGACCUACAGACAGAGAAAGUGCUACAGAUCCAAAGAAUCCACUUACAAGGACAGAGACCUUGCCAGUUGGUCAACUUUUAAUUGAAACAGAGCAUGAUGUCUCAUUUGGUGGACAGCCCAGAAAGAAACUGGAUGGUCAUAUUGUAGAAGAAAAGGAAGACUUAAAAAGAGAUUUACCAGAAGUUACCCUGGGAACUUUCAAUAUCCACAUACCUACUGUAUCAUAUUGUAAAAGGCAGAAAAUUAAAAAAAAGUCGAGAAGAAAAAGUAUGCCCAGUGUCAAAUAUGUAAUUAAUAAAGUAAAGAAGCCAGCAAUCUCACUGAAACCUUCUGUCCACAUAUGUGGUACUCCAACCUAUACAAAAAGAUUGAGAGGCAAUUUUGAAAUCAUAAUUACACAGAUACUGCAAGAUAAAAUUGUGUCAGAUGUGCUUCUAAGUAUUAUUUACCCUUGCAUCUCUAUUUUGCCUAAUACUAAAAUGCAUUGCAGAUUAAAUGCAGAAAAUCAGAGUCAUAUCAAGCAAAUGCAAGAGGAAUCUCAAGUUGCAAGGGAAGAAAAGUAUUUAGAUUCCACUGAUGAGGGAAAUGAAUCCCAAAACACACUAGAAGCUAAAUUGCAAGAUGAAGAAGCUCUACCAAAAGCAGUUCCUCAGGAUAGCUGGAACUGCAGACUUGAUGCACAUCCAGUGAUGGAGAAUAAAACAGAGAAAGAAAUGCAUCAACCAAUCCCACUCAAAGGAAGCAUUAUGGAAUCUGUUGACUCCCCCAUAAUGGAUCCAUCUCAUGUUGAGAAUGUGAAGAAAAGCCUAUCAUCACAAACAGACUUCAAAGGCACUGCAGAUUCCGAGAUGCUGUCUCCAAUAUCAGGAAAAUCACUGACCGGAGACCCUUUAAACCAAACAAGAGAAAGUGGUGUUCCAAGUGAUGGAAAUGAUACAAGGGAAAUGGAUACAAGGGAAAAUAACUGUUUUGCAGAAAAAAGGGCAGAAUUACUAAAAGAUUCACCAGCAACUUCCCUAGAGACUUUUAAUUGCGACAUGCCUAGUUUAUCUUGUUCUAAAAGAAAGAAAAACAGAGUAACAUUUGCACAAAUGACAACUAUAAUGGGGCCCACAUGUAUAAAUGUGAAGGCAAUAAAGCCAUCAACCUCACUAAUAUUCAGUAUGACAAACCACGGAAGGGCAUUGGAAUCAGACUUUCAGACCAAGGUUGAAAAGAUAAACCAAGCUGAAGGAUUGGCUCCUGAAUGUCUAAAUACCCUUUACUCUUCCAUACAUAGCAGAUUGCAGAAAGAGUUCUGUAGUGCUCAAUUAAAGCAAGGAGAACCAGCACAUAAAAAGUAUGUUGAUUUCUUUGCUAAGAGUAGGGCAUUCUAUGACAGAGAUGAAAACUUGCAAGCUGGAGAAGAAGAAGAACAAAAGGCUACAAAAGAAGCAGCUCCACAGCAUAGCCAGCACCUAUGGUCUGAUGCCUACCAAAUGAAGGAGAUCCACCUUGACAAAUCAGAUCCAGCACUGAACUCUUUAACACAAGAGCUACCUGUUAAUGGGCAAAAUGUGCAGCACUCCGCAGGUUUUACACAAACUAGUUUGGAGGCUAGUUUCAAAAUGGAUCCUAUAGAAGCUGAAGAACUACAGAAAGCCAACAAAACAGAAAAUGACAUAAAAGUCCCUGUGGGUCCUAAGAUUCCACCUCCCAAAGCAGGAAAUUCAUUACUUGAUGAACUUUUGAACACAGUGACAGAGUACGGCUUAUCAUCUGGUAGAAACCCCAAAAGGAAACUAGAUUCUUAUUUUGUGGGAAAAAAUUCAGAGAUACCAACAGAUUCACAAGUGACAUUCCAGCAAUUUUCUGAUUCAUUUGUUUCUAAAUCAGAAAGACAGAAAAAGACAUUAAAAUUAGCAAGGAGACAAACACUAGCAAGUUGCAGAAGUAGAACCAUGAAGAAAAUAAAGCUAUUGGUUUCCUGUAUACUUAAUGGCAGGCAUAGCAUUCAAGGCAAUAUUAAAAUAAAAAUGAAUGAUCCACAGCAAAGGGAAUAUGUAGCAAAUGCAUUUUUAGACAUCAUUCACUCCAAGAUGCCUUUGCCUGACAUGAAAAUGAGAAAUUUAAAUGUAGAGACAGAUAUACAGAAGAUAACAAGAUUUGAUCAUACGCAGCAAAUGCAAGAGGAAUCACCAAGUGGAAGAAAAAUAUGUUGCCCAGAUUCUAUUGAAAUUAGUAGCUUCGCUAACAGUGUGACAUAUAGAAAGGAGUGGGAAGGGGAACCUGAAGCUUUACAGGCUCUGGAGAAUAGCCACAGCUUCACACUCAAUGCCUAUCAGAAAGAUCAUGAGCUUGUCAAAUCAGAUGAGGAACUGAACCAACCAGAAAGUACAAAUAUUCAAGUACAACCACAAACACAUUUUACACAAAUGACUUUGGGGUCUACUUCAUGCCCUAUACUGGACCAAUUUCAAUUUGAAAAGCUAGAGAGUUGUGUUAGGUUUUCACCUCUAAAGUCUGGGGAAGCAAAUGUUGAUGAAAUUGUAUUUUCCACAAGAAAAGGUGGUAUCUCAUCUGAUGCAAGCCAUCAAAAGGAACAGGCUGGUGAUAGUGAAAAUAAAGAGGCAGUGACUUUUGAUUUCAACAUGCCAGAUUUAUCUACAACUGAAAGGAAGAGAAACUUCAAACAAUUUUCAGACAUGAAAAGUUUAGUGAAUCUCAAAUCUGGAAUUAUGAAGGCAAAGAAACCAUCAAUUUCCUACAUGCUCAAUAUCAAGGGUAAUGCUAGUCCAAACCAUAGAAAAGAAUUGAGAUAUAACUUGACAACCAAAAUGAAAGAGGUGCAUCAAGGUAAAAAAGUGGCAGAUAAAACAUACUCUUUCAUGACUGUUACACCUGACAUUAAUAUGUACGGCAGUGUAGAAACAGAAAAAGACAUGCUGAGAAGAAAAAGAGUCAGUUCUAAACAAGUAAAGCAAGAGAUAGCGCCACAUGAUAACAUCAAAGAAACCAAUUCUCAAGAUGAAGAGGAAGAAGAAAGUGAAGAGGAGGCAUUAUUAAAAGUAAUUCCACAGCAUAUCCAACAUUUUGUAUUCUGUUCAGGUCAAAGGAAGGAUGUUGACUUUCACAAAUCAGAAAGCCAAGGAAGUAGAAAAAUUCUGUUUGUUACCGAACAAGAUGUCCCACAGCAAAUUCAGCCUACAGAUUCAAUGCAGGGAGAAGAGAUGAAGAAAAUCCUCCAGACACAAAAUGGCACAAUAUGUACAAGUUCAAAGCUUUCUCCUCUAAAAUCAGAGGAAUCACUAGUUGAUGAAGUUUUAAUUAGUACAAUUAAAUGUGGUAUCUCAACUGAUGGGAACUGUAUGGAAGAACAGCACGGUGGUAGUAGAGAGGAAAAGGCAGAAUUUAAAAAAGAUCUACAGGCAACUGUCCUGGAGUCUUUGAAUCUCUCCACACCGGAUCCAUUUGCAUCUAAAAGGCAGAGAAAAAUACUUACACGUAGAAUCUUAGAAAAUGAAAUGAGCCCCCAAUGUAUAAUGAAGAAGGCAAUGGUCUCCCCGAUGUUUAAUAUCAUAGGAAGUAGUAUGUCAGGCCAUAAAAGUCAAUUAGAAUGCAACGUCAAAACCAUGAUGAAACAAGGUAAACCUGUGGCAGAUAUAUUCUUAAAUGCCACUUCUUCUCCCAUGCCUGUUUCCCUUGGUGUGAAAGUGCAUAACAGAAUAAAAGAGACAGACAUGCUGUGGGAAACAAAAUUUAGUCAUGAACAGCAACAACUAGAGAAGUUAGCACAUGAAGAGAGGGCCUGGUACACAGAUUCCAGUGGUAAGGGUAAUACAUCAAAUGGCACUAAAGAUGUCAAAGACCUAAGUGGAGAAGCAGCCCCACUAAUUUCCCAAAACUGCAAUUUCAAUGCUCAUAAAACAGAGGAACCUAACUUGGGGAAGUCAGACCUAGAACUCAAGAAUUCAGCAAGCAAAAAUAUCCCAGAAGCACUUACUAUAGCUCAAGAGAUGCAACAACAAACACUUGCCACACAACGUGUAUUAAAUUCUAUUUCUCAUUCUACUUUGAAUUCAUUUCCAUUGGCCAAGUUACCAAAAAGAAUAAAAACACAAAAAUGCUUAAAAGAUACAGGGAGUCCAAAGAUUUCAUCUUCAAUGCCAAGGAAAUCCAUUAGUGAAUUUUUAGUUGUUACAACACAGAGUGAUGUCCCCUCAGAAAGAGGCCCUAGAAAAGAACUUGUUAGUUCUUUUCCAGAGGGAGAAAUAAGGUUACUAAAGGAUUUACAGAUGAGAACCCUAGAGUCUUUUGAUUUCUCCAUGCCUACUUCAUCUGAAUUUAAAUGGCAAAGAAAUGCAGCAAACCCCCCUAAGUCUGUAACUGGGAAAGCACAGAUACCAUCAACUUUUGAAACAAUUGAUAUUACUAGGUGUGGUUCCCUUAGCCAUAGAAAGAAACAGGAAUUCUCUUUGGGAAACAUGGCCAAAGAAAUACGUCAAAGUACGUCAAAUAUAUUUAUGAAUACCUUUUCACAUACACCUCUUUCAACUGACAUCAAAAUGCUUAAAAAUGUAAAAGCAGCAAAAAACCCAUUAAGAAAAACAAGCAAUAUCACACAGCUAAAGCAAGAUAAAGGGAAAAGAUGGUAUACAUAUCCCUUUAAUAAAUGGAGUAUCUCGAGCAACACAUUAGAAGCAAGAUGGCACUGCGAAGGAGAAAGAGAAGGCAAAGACAUUUCAUUUGAAGCAGGUCUACAACUCCUGAACAGUACAGGAGGUAGAAAAGAUCAACGUUUGCUUAUUCCAGAGCAAGAAAUACAGCAACAAAUACUGGUUUCAGAAAAUAUAUUGGAGUCUAUUUGUUCUCCUCUGACUCCGUUUCAAACUAAAAAGCUGAAGAAGAUCCUUUUGCCUCAGAAACACACACUACAUGACAUAGGUGAAAAGAUUUUGUGUCCAAGAUCAGAGAAAGCAAUGUUUGACAACCUUUUAAUUGAUGAAAUAGAGUACAGUACUACAUCUGAUGGGAACCCCGUGAGGGAGCUGGAUGUUCCUGGUACAGUUUCUUUACAACUGGAGGGGGUAGAAGAAAAUGUAAAUACACAAAAAGUGAUAAAAUGCACAGCUGAUCAAAAUAUUCCACCUGCCAACUCAGGGAAUUCAGUAUUUGGAGGUCCACAUGAUAAGAGCUGUGGACAGAAACCGGGUGGUGAUAUUGCCAGGAAACAUGAAGAGCUGCAAAGAGAUUUACUGACGAUGAGUGCAAUGUCUGCUUUAUCUGAUUCCAUAAGGAAGAAAAGGGUACUCACAUUUCCAGAAAAGAAAGAUCUUAGGAGUCCCAAAUGUGUAGCUACGAAGGCAAAGAAGACUCUUUGUUCACAGAUGCUUCCUAUCACCCAGCAUGUAAAUCUACACCACAGGAAGAAACAGGAAUGCAAUUUAGAAUCAACAGUAAAAGACACACAACAAAAUAAACAUAUUGCUAACACAUUUUUGUCCCUCAUACCAGUUUCAACUGACGUAAAAAUAGAUAAUGAAAUGCAUAGCAGGUCAAAAGCAGAGAUGGAUAUACCAAGAAUAAAAAUAUGUAAUACCCAUCUAAAGUUAGAGAAAUCACCACAUGCUGGGGACGCACAGAAGGCCAAUUUGACUGAUAUGCAAAGCAGACCCAGCAAUGCAAUGAAUAUGAACAUACUACAUGAAAAGGAAGAGAAAGCAAUUCCACACUGCAGCCAACACUUCAGGUUCAGUGCAUAUCAACUGAAAAAUCCUGGCCCUUGCAAAUCAGAAGAACUGAAGAGUUCAGAAGGCAGAAGGACUUGGGAUUUGUCUCAGACAGUGCAAAAAAUGAAGCAAGACACAUACUUUAGAGAAACUGUUUCAGAGCCUGUUUCUAGACCCAUGAUGAAUUUUCUUCAAGUUGAAACAGUGAAACAAAGUCCUCAUAUGCAAGAAGGAAUAAAAUGUAUGGUAGGUUUUAAAACUUCAUUUCCAAAAGCAGGGAAAUCAGAGAUUGGCUCAAUACCAUGUGAUACUCCCUGGAAUGGAAAUCCUGGAAGGAAAUGGGAUAGUUCUAUUUCUGAGGAAAAGGCAUGGAAUCAAAAGGACUUAAUAAGAACUGUCUUACAACCUUUAGAUUUCUCCAGCCUUGUGUCAUCUGAAUCUAAAAGCCAGAGCCAUACAGAGUUUGCAGGCAAAAAAAGUACAAUGAGUCCCAAGCACGUAAGUUUGAAGGCAAAGCAACUACCAAUUUCGCAGUUGCAUAAUAUCACAAGGUAUCCUACAGAAGGCCAUAGAUAUAAAAAGCAGCACCAUUCUAAGCACAAGAUGAAAGAGAGGCAAUGGCACACAGGUAAAGGAGGGGAAUUACUCAGUGCCACUGAGGAUGCUAAAAGUCCACCCAAAUCAGUGAUUGAUAAACUCUCUUCCCAUAUAACAGCAAGGAGCACUCUAUCUAACAGAAUAUUUCAACAAAGUCUCCAUGGUCACAUUACAGAAGAAAAGGCAGAGUUACCAGAAAACUUAGCCACAACUUUCUCAGGCCCUUUAGAUUUCUUCAUGCCUGUCUUCUCUGACUCUGAAAGCCAGAUAGAUGCAGUACAGUUAUCAGAAAGGGGAAUUUUAUUGAAUCCCAAAUGUUUAGCUGUGAAGGCAAAGAAGUCACCAAUUUCACAGAUACUUAAAAGCAAUAGACAGUUUACAACAAAAGAUAGGAAGAAACUGGAAUACAAUUUAAAAACGCUGUGUGACAGAAUUCUUGAACAAUAUCGGAAUGGUCACAUUACAGAGGAAAAGGCAGAGCUACCAGAAAACUUAGCCACAACUGUCUUGGCCCCGUUAGAUUUUUUCAUGCCUGUUUUAUCUGACUCUGAAAGCCAGAUAAACACAGUAAAGUUAACAGAAAGGGAAAUUGUAUUGAAUCCCAGGUGUUUAACUGUGAAGGAAAAGAAGUCCCCAGUUUCACAGAUACUUAAAAUCAAUAGACAGUUUACAACAAAAGAUAGGAAGAAACUGGAAUACAAUUUAAAGGCACUAUGUGAGAGAAUUCUUCAACAAAAUAUGGAUGGUCACAUUACAGAGGAAAAGACAAAGCUACCAGAAAGCUUACCCAAAACUUUCUUAGGCCCUUUAGAUUUCUUCAUGCCUGUUUUAUCUGACUCUGAAAGCCAGAUAAACACGGUACAGUUAACAGAAAGGGAAAUUGUAUUGAAUCCUAAGUAUUUAACUGUGAAGGAAAAGAAGUCACCAGUUUCACAGAUACUUAAAAUCAAUAGACAGUUUACAACAAAAGAUAGGAAGAAACUGGAUUACAAUUUAAAGGCACUAUGUAAGAGAAUUCUUCAACAAAAUAUGGAUGGUCACAUUACAGAGGGAAAGGCAGAGCUACCAGAAAGCUUAUCCAAAACUUUCUUAAGCCCUUUAGAUUUCUUCAUGCCUGUUUUAUCUGAAUCUAAAAGCCAGAUAAACACAGUACAGUUAACAGAAAGGGAAAUUAUAUUGAAUCCCAAAUGUUUAACUAUGAAGGAAAAGAAGUCACCAGUUUCACGGAUACUUAAAAUUAAUAGUCAGUUCACAACAAAAGAUAGGAAGAAACUGGAAUACAAUAUAAAAACCAAACUGAAAGCAAUGUGGCAAGGUAAAAAUGUGGAUGAUACACUUCCAAAUAUCAUUUACUUCACACAAGAUGCUUCUGACAUUAAAAGACAAAGCAUGGUCCCAACAGAGAUAGACAUGAAAUUAUCAGGCUUUAAUCAUAUACAACCAACACAAGUAGAGUCACCAGUUGAAGGGAUAGCAAGGUCUUCUGAUUGCGUUAACAAGGGAGUAGUUUCCAGCUUUUUAAAGGAAGCAAAACUGCAUGAUAGAGAGAGUGAGGAAGAGAAGCAAGAACAUCUAACAGACACUAGUCAAUUCUAUUUUAAAAACUUCAUGGCAAAUAGACACCUCAUCAAGGAACCUCAUCCUGGCAAAUCAGAAGGUGUGCUUUUAGGAGAAUCUUUUUUUCCAAAAAGUCAUAUUUACAAAGGAAAUUCAAAACAAAAUGUAAAAAUAGAAAAAACUGAAAAUGAGAAAGCAGGUCUCGAAGUUAUACUCCCAAGAAUGGAGAAAUCAGGUAUUUUUGCAGAACUCAAUGAGACAAUAGGUGAUGCUAUACCUCAAAAACAUAAUAAAAAGGAAAUUGACCAUUAUGUUUUAAAAGAAAAAGCUUCAUACAAUUUGGCAGGAGUUGUCCCAGAUUCUGUUGGCAGGGAUUUGCCUGCUUCAGAAGAAAUUAAAAGACAGAAUGGUAGCCUAAAAAUAUAUGACAGAUCAAGUCCACCUUUGAAGGCAAAGCAAUCAGCAGUUUCACAAUCACUUACUACUGCAGGUCAUGCUUCUCUAAGCAUUAAUAAGGAAAAGAAACAGAACUUAAAAGCCCAGAAGAGAGAAGUAGAGAGAGAAGUAGAGAGAAAGAAAGCUAUGUUGAAUGCAGAGCUAAAAUCUAUACAUGCUUCUAUGCCUAUUCUACACAAUAAAAUGGGACAGUCACCUAGUACCUGGGGUAUCUAUGAAAAACCUUCUGAAAAGAGAAAUUCCCUAAACAAAGCAAAAAUUAGGGAUAAAGAAGAGUAUGGACAACAGGUUUUGUUUAGAACAUCUUCAGAGUAUAUUCAGCAAUUUGAAUUUGGAGCAGAUCGAAUGAGAAAGCCUGGUCCUUUCAAAGCAGAAGCACCUUUAACGAGUACAGUGUGCCCCAAGAACAUCACUCCUCAGAAAACAGAAGCUGAUUUAAAAGAUCAAGAAACAAAGGUAAAUAUAGAAGAAUUUAGUUCAGAGUCUGUUUUUUUCUCUAAGAUACAUCUACUUCAAAUUGAAAAGCAGAAGAAAGAAUUUAACAGUGCAUACUGGAAAACAAUAGCAAAUUUCAAGACUGUUGCCCCACAAAAGAAACAGCAAGAGCCAUGUGUCUUAGGAGCUAACUGGAGUUCUCCUUAUGCCUACACACCUAUUUAUCCUAAAAUCAUAAGACAUAAAGAUAAGGCAAAAACAGCAGAUGUGGAAAGUGCUAUGCAUACCAAACAGCUAAAAAUGAAAGCCAGAAAAACAUCAGUUUCCCAGCUUCUUAGAUAUGGUACUAGAAGAAAUAAAAAAGAAUGGAGAGGUAACAUUCAGCAGCAGAAGGCAUUCCGGCUGAGUAAAAAUGCAGUAAAUCUAGUUUUGGAAGCUAUUUAUGACUUUGGAUGCCUUACAUUUGAUGUUAAAACGCUUACAGAAAUAAAAAUGGAGAAAGACAAGCCAAAAGAGAGGAUAUGCACUCUUCCACAUCUAAAGCUGGAGAAACCACUAAAUGAAAUGCAGAUAUUGUCAGGAUGUAUUGAUACGUCCAGCAUCCUUAGAAAACUGGAACAAAAUAUUAGAGAAGAACAAAAACACCAAAGCAUACCCCAACAAUAUAUUCAGCCAUUAAGGAUUAGGUCACAACAAAUGAAGAAGGUUCAUCAUGUCAAAUUAGAUUUGCAGAGAAAGGCAUGCUCUGAACCGACUUUACAAACAGGAGAAACUGACUUUGCUGGGCUUGACAUCCUGAAAAGCAGAAGAGGAACAGAUUCCUAUGCUGAAGAGCAAGAGGCCCUGCAACAGAAAUCUUUCCCUAAGCGAGGGAUGCAGAAACUGGAAACGAUUCCUGAGACCAAUCUGGAAUCUGUUCCUUCUCCCAUGAAGGAACCUCUUCAUAUACAAAAUACAAAAGAAUUCACAACACAACAAGAUUUAAAACUAUCGAUUCCACAGAGGCAAAAAGCAUUGAUGGUAGCUAAUAGCCCAUCAAGUUCAAAAGAACAACGAUUACUCACUCCAGGGCUAACGGCACAGCCACAGAAGCCGUUCACAGGGACUAUUCUGGAGUCCAUUUCUUCCUGUAUACUCAAUCAACUUCAUAACAAAAAGCCAGUGGAUGAAGUGAAAAUAAAAGGCAUAAAUCCAAAGGGUUCAGCUCAACAGGUAAAGCAAAUCCCAAACAAAACAUAUAUUUCCAAUGUGGAUGACAUGCAAAGAAAUACAGAAAGACUACUCUUGCUUAUUAAGGAGCAGGAGAAGAGGAGAAAAAAAAAUCAAAAGGAUAAAAAAAUUAUUGACACAAUUACAGACAUGAAAGCAACAGAAAAUCCCAAUCCGGUUCUAAAAUAUUCACCAGCUGGAGUACCAUUUGUUAAUACAAUAGAGAAUGUUGACAUAUUUAAGCAAAGAGAUAGAAAGGACUUAGACAGGAGCUUGCCCAUACAAAGGGGCCAACAAAGGUUUCGUGGUCCAGAGAUUAUCCUAGGUUCUGUUUAUACAUAUGGGCUUACUUCUACUGAAUGUAUAAGCCACAAAGAUAAAGGAAGAACAGCUUCCAUGAAAAGCACUCUGUAUCCCAAAAAGGUAAAAAUGAAGGCAAAGAAAGCACUUGUUUUCCAGCUGCUUAAUAUUACAGGAUAUGGAACCCGAAGCCACAAAAGGGAACUGAAAUGUAAUAUUAAGAAACAGAAGAAGUUCCAGCAAGGUAAAACUGUAGUAGAUUUAGUUGUGAAUGCUGUCCGUGAUUCUGGCUAUAUUCCACCUCAGAUUAAAGAGGUUAUAGAAGUAAAACAGGAGAAAGACAAACCAAGUAAGUCGAUAUACAUUCCUCCACAGCUAAAGAUGAAUAAAUCACUAAAUAAAAGAAAAAUGCCAACUUUGCCAACCAUUGAUGAGAGUGCUAUAUUAAGUACUAUUAAAACACCAAAACAAUAUAUUAGAGAGCAAAAAGAAAAACACCAAAUUGUUUUGCCAGACAUUCUCUCACAAUAUAGUGAUCAACAAGUGCAGAAGGAGCCUGACCAUAUCAAAUUUAAAGUAGAUUUGGGGAGAAAAGUAUAUUCUGAUCUAUCUUCACAGAAGAGAGAAAUCAGUUACAGUGGGUUUGACAUCCCAAGAAUUAGAACAGAUAUAGGACUGGAAUCCCUCAUUGUAAAGGAAAGAGAUGUAGACAUUGACAAACAUUCAGUUUCAGUUUCAUUGGAGAGAGAAGGAUCAAAGAAAAUUGACAGUCCACUAAGUUCAGAAAGAGAGGAUGUAUUUCUUAGAGAUCUGGAUGCUUCUCAACAGAAGACUUGCCAGGAGCAAGAAUCACUGAAACACGAAGGUAUUUCCAUGAAACAUCUGGAGUCUAUUGCCUGCCCCAUUAUGGAACCUCUUCACUUGGAAAACACAGGAAAGGUAGAUAAGGAAGGAGAUAUGUGCAUUAGCAGAAAAAAUAUGUCAUAUCCAUUGGGAAGAGAAGGAUUAAAAGAAAAUGAUAUCUUACAAGGUUCCAUAGCACAAAAAUUUCUUUGUAUGAAUCUAGAGGUUCAGCACAAAAUGCCUACAGUGCAAAAAGAACAAAUGAAUCCAGAUCAUGUUCCUGAAAGUAUUCCAGAUUCUGUAUCUUGCCCCAAUAGGGACCCUCUUCAUUUAAAACAGGCAGCGAAUACAAGAAAAGACUAUGUUAGCGUCUCUGAAAGUUUCAGUGAAAAUCAAAAGGGAAAACAGCAAUCAAAGUUAACUGAUAAUCCAUUAAAAUCGAAUAGACAGAAAAUGGAUUUUUCAAAAAACUUGAGGAUGAAGCAACUAAAUAUUUGUGACCAAAGUAAAGAAAAUAUUCUGAAAUCUGUUUCCUCUUGCAUAUUGCAUCACCUUCAUAUUGAAAAUCCAAAGAAAGAAGUCUCAGCAAAAGAAAUAAUGAGUUCAGAAGUUUUAAGCUCAAUGGUAGAAAAAGCAUCAAACAAAGUAGUUAUUCCAGUGGAUCAGCCUCCAUAUUCCUUACUAAGAAGAGGACAAAAAUGGCAGUACCUGUCAGUUUCCUAUGAGAACCUUCCAGAGAAUAUUUCUUACUCUCAAAAUUAUCCCUGUCUCCUGCAACAUUUAAUGCCUCAGACAAAGGAAGCAUUAUCAAAAGUAGAUAAUGUGUCAAGUAAGACAAAAGGACUAGACUUAUUUUCUAAAGAUCAAUUAAGUUCUAUAUAUGGGUAUCCACUGGAAUGGAUUAUGCCCUUGGUUACUUCAAGGCAAAUGAAUAAACAAAAUGUAAUGCUGCCUUUAGAAUCAUACAGUAGAAAAUAUCUGAAUCUUUUAUUUCCAAAAGGAAAGAAAUCAUCCGAUGAGGCACAGGUAAUUGGUUCAUUACCAAAUUGUAGCCCACCCAUGCUAGGAGUUAGAAGGAAGAUAGAAUCACAUUUGAAGAAAUCAGUAUUUUCACAUGUACUCAAAACUACUGACUGUGGUACCCCAAGCAACAGAACAGAAAUGCAGUGCAACAUAACAGAGAAAAUGAUAAAUACAAACCAUAGAAUAAGUGAACCAAAUUUGGUUAUGGCAAAAAUGGAUGGGUCCAUCUGUUCUUUACCACAAUUCAAACUGAUUAAUGAGACAACUAAUGGGUUUAUCUCAAAUAAUGUGAAAAGAACAAAACAAUAUAUAUCACAGGAAGAAAAGGGUCGAGUAAAAGCAGUGGCUAUGAAAGGAAUGAUGGAUUCUAACAUUAUUUUGAAGGCAAAGAAAUCAUCACUGUCACAUAUACUCAAUAGAAAGGAAUUACCUUUGCUGUUGAACAUUAUAAAACAAGAGAGCAAGGUGCAAGAAGGCAAAGGUAAAUCAGGUAUGAAACUGACAAACUUGUGUACUUCCUUACCAUCUCUAUCACAUCCUAAUGAGCAUUCAAGAAUAAAUGUAGGGAAAGGUAAAUCAGGAAUUCUAAGGAGCUGCCUUCCACCGCUAAAGCUCCAGGCAUCAUCAAAUGUCAGAAAAAUAUCAUUUGCAGAGUCAAUUAAUAGAGAUAACUUAAGCAAUGUAUUAGAAUGGAAACAUUUGCCACAGAAAAAGAAGGAAAGUAUAGAAAAUACAGUAGAUGUGAAAGAUAUAAUGGGCUUCAUAUGUAUCACUUUGAAAGGAAAGAAUUCACCUUUUACACACUUACUGCAUAGACGGGAACCACAGUGGACCAAUAAAGAACGAGAGAAAAUGAAGCAAGAAAAUAAAAGUGAUAGAGGUGUAGUUCAGAAUAAUGCUUCCAUUCUUUCCUCACCUCACUUGGAAUGGGAUCGAAUAAAAGAGGUAUACAUGAAAGGAAUAACAAAAUUCUGUCUUCCAUCAUUAACACUCCAUGAAUUAUCAGAUACAAUGGAAAAAUAUGAGAAGCCAAUUGAUGAUAUUUUAAGCAGUAUUAAAAGAGCAAAACGCAUGCCACCGAAAGACAAAGUGGGAAUAGCGCUGGAAGAAAUAAUGCAUUCCAAAAGAAUAGCUCUGAAGGAGAAGCAGUCUUCAGUGUUAAAGGAAUUACAGUUAAACAUCAAUGAAAAUGAGAAAAAGAUACAGAAAGAUAAAGAUACACUUGUUGAGAUUUGGAGUAAAUUUGCUUCCCUCUCUUUUUCACCUUACUCUAAAGGAGGCACAGUAAAAGGAGAGGAAACCAUGCUAAUAAAAACCAGAUCCUCUUUUUCACAACCAUAUCUACAGGUGUCAUCAGAUAUAGAGAAAAUAGCGUCUAAAAAGUGUAUUACUGAUAGUAUCUCAGACAGUGUGAGAAAAGCCCUAGAAGACAUAAUGCAAAUGAAAGAGGAGAAAGUAAAAAUGGAAAAAGUCAUACUUUUGAAGAAAAAUAAAUCAUCAGUUUCACAGGAAAUUCAGUUGGAAAUAAAAAAACCAGAGAAAAAGAUACAAAACAUUAAAGGUGAACCAAAUGCGCUUCUGACCAAUACCAGUACUUCCAUACCUUUUCUUUCUCAUUUAAAAUGGGAUACAAGGAUAGAAAAUGUAUAUUAUAUGACCGAAGUAACAAGAGACCCUCCUCUUGAACUAUCACACCAGAAAUCAUCAAUAAAAGCACACAGAGAGGCCACUGAUAGCAUAAGUAGUGUACAAAAACCAAAAGACUAUAUGCCAGAGAAAGAGGAUGGAGUAAAGACGUCAGCCAAGAAAGCCAUAAUGCAUCAAAAAAAUGGAGAUUUGGAAGGAAAGAAGGCACUUCCUCAGGACCUACCACUGAAUCUUAAAGAGACUGGGAAAGCAAAUGGAGAAGGCACAGAGCCUGAGAGAGCAGAUGAAGAAGGUAAAGUGCCUGGGCAAACAGAUGGAGCAGGUGCGGAGCAAGGGAAAACGAAUUCUGAUAUUAAAGGGCACAGGAAAACAGAUACAGAAGGAGAGCAACAAGGGGACAUGGCUGAAGAAGUUAAAGAGUACGGGAACAAGGACCCAGGGGGUCCAGAGCAAAGGAAAAAGAAUAAAAAUAAGAAUGAACAAGAAUUAGUUAGGUUUGUCCAUUUACCUUCUCAGCCUUCUGGAACUCAUCAUGAAUUGGACACAAGAAUAGAAAGAAAGGAAGACAUACAAGGAAUAUCAACAUCUGCUAUUCCACAACUAUGGAAACAGAAAUCAUUUGAAUUUGAUGCAGGGAAAAUAGCACAUAGGAAAUCAAUUGGGGAGGAUAUCUCAUAUUAUGUAAAAACAGUAGGAGAGUACAAGUCACAGAAAGGGGCAGACAGAGGAAAAACAGUAGAUAUGAACUAUAAAAUGCCACCCAAAGGCCUGACUUCCAAGGCACAGCAACUGCCACUUGCAUAUGCAUUUGGUAUCACUGGGCGUUGUGGCUCAAAAACUAGAGAUGGAGAGACAAACCUCAAAGAAAAAUUGGGAAAUGUACAGGAAAGAAAAAGUGAACUAGAUACGGUCCUAAAAGUACCUUCUCUACCUUAUCGUAAACUAGACAAAAGUAUAGAAGGCAAAAAAGAGAAACAAGAGUCAUGGGAAGAAGCAUAUAGAGGAAAAACAGUAGAUAUGAACUAUAAAAUGCCACCCAAAGGCAUGACUUCCAAGGCAGAGCAACUACCACUUGCACAUGCAUUCAGUAUCACUGGGUGUGGUGGCUCUAAAACUAGAGAUGGAGAGACAAACCGCAGAAAAAAAUUGGGAAACGUACAGAAAAGAAAAAGUGAACUACAUGCGGUUCUGAAAAUACCUUCUAUACCUCAUCGUAAACUAGGCAAAAGUAUAGAAGGCAAAGGAGAGAAACAGGAGUCACAGGAAGGGGCAGAUAGAAGAAAAACAGUAGAUAUGAACUAUAAAAUGCCACCUGAAGAACCAAGAUCCUUUCUUCCACCCACACAGCACAUAGAAUCAUUAGAUGCAGGGAAAUUAAAAUAUACAGUGUCACUUUUGAAUGAUAUCUCCAGCAAUCCAGAAAGAACAAAAUGCAUGACACUGAUAGAAGGAGAUAAAGCAGAUGUCUUUAAGAAAAGCAUAAUGUAUCCCGAGGACAUAGUUGUGGAAGCAAAGAAAUCACCCAUUCCUGAUAUACUCAAAAGAAUGAAACUGCAAAUGAACAUCAAAGAACAAGGGAAAAAAGGACCUCAAGUUAAGGUGAAAACAGUUGUGCCUCUGAUCAAAACUUGUUCCUUUGUCACUUCUUCAACUUACCUUAAAUUAGACACAACAAAAGAAGAGAAAGAAGAACUAGGAAUACUAAGCUAUGGAUCACAUCUUGAGCUCCAGGGAUCAGUGCCUUCAGGGCAAAUGGCAUCUACAGAGUCAACUGCUAGCUGUGUAAAGAAAGGAAAACAUCUACCAGGGAAAGAAGACAGAGUACAAACAGUAGCCAUGAAAGUUUGCUCAAUGCACCCCAGUGGCACUGUUUUCAAGGCAAAGACAUCAGGAACUCCACAUGUGUUCAGUUUCCCUGAGCACAGCAUUCUGAGCAAGAGAAAGGAGCUGCCACAGUGGGACAUUAAAGAGAAAGUAGCACAGAAGCAGGAAAGAGCAGAAGAUCCUGAUGUGGAUCUGACAAAAGCUUAUCCUUUCAUCCCUUCUCAAUCUCAUCGUAGAUCCUUGACUUCACAACUACAGCGUCCUAUAUCAUCAGGUGCAAGGAAAAUCAGACGUACAGAUUCAAAGGAAGAUAUUGACUCAUAUAAUGUAACAUUAAAAGCAAAUCAACAUAUGCCACACAAAGAGGCAAAGGACAGAGUAAAAAUAGAAGACAGGGAAGAUAGGAUACUCCUCCCAAAAAUAGGUUUGAGAGCAGAGACAUCCCCAUUUGCACAUCUGUGCAAUAGACAGAUACUCCCUUUGAAUAUUAAAGAGCUAAGGAAAGAAGUACAGGAAGGCAAAAGCGGACUCAGAAAGGUUCCGAGGAAAAUUUGUGCUUCUUCACCUUCUUUUCCAUCUUACCUGAAGUGUGACACUAGAAAGGAUGAAAAGGAAGGUGUUCUGGGAACAUCACAAUUCUGUUUUCCACCACUAAAGAUUCAGGAUUCAUCAGAUUCAGGCAAAAAAGCAUAUACUGAGUCAUUGUAUACUUGUAUGUUAAGCAACAGAAAAGAACCAAUACAAUCUAUUACACAGGAAGAGGAGAAAGAUAGACUGAAAAUGGAGAGGAAAGACAAACUGCUUCCUAAACGUAUGAAUCUGAAGGCAAAGAAAUUACUAAUGUCACAUAUACUUGAUACCGAAGAUUUGAAGUGGAAAAUUAAAGAACAAAAGAAAAAGAUCCAGGAAGAUAAAAAUCAACUAGCUGUAAGUCUGACAAACAUUAAUGUAUCUCCUCUUACUCUACCAUAUCAUAAGUUUGAUUUGACAGAAGGAGAGGAAUGCGUGAUAAAAAUUACAGAAUUGUCUCUCUCACAAUUACAGUCCAAGGAAUUAUCAGAUGCAGAGAGAAUAUCAUGUCUAGAAACAACUGGUGGAGCACCUUCAAAUGAUGUGAAAGAAUUAACAAAACAAAUGCUACAGAAAGAAGAGAAGAAUAGAGAAAAAGUUUCUAUGGAUAUGAAUAAUAUAGUGGAUCCUAACAAUAUAUAUCCAAAGGCAAAUAAAUCACCUAUUUUACCUACACAUAAUUUAAGUAACCUUCAGGUGAAAAUAAGAGAGCAAGAGGAAAAGGUCCAAAAAUUUAAAAGUGGGCCAGGUGUCAUACUGACUAAGAGUCCUUCUAGAUCUUCCCCACUUCACCUUGACACAAAUGCCAAGAUCAAGGAAAAAAGCAUACCAGUAUUCACAGGAUCCUCUUCUUUCCUAGCCAACCAGGAAUCAUCAGAUUCUGGGGCAGGCAUAUAUAUAAAGCCAGUAACUAGUGAUAGUGAUAUUUUCAUCAGUCUACAAAAAGAAAAACAUGUGCCACAGGACAAAGAAGAGGAUGGAGUACGAGUAACAAAAAUCAUAAUAUUCUCCAAACAUCAAGAAAAGAAGGAGCAGGAAUGUAAAGAUGAACCAGGUAUGGCUCUAACCAAACCUUCUCCUUCAUUACCAUCUCUACCUCACCUCAUGUUGGAUAAAGAAACACAAUUAGAUGAUGUGAUGCUAAGACUUUCAAGGUCUCUUUUGCAGACGUUAUUACACUCAGGAGAGACGUUACACACACAGCCAUUUGGUGGUGAUAUCACAAAUGAUGUUAAAAACAAAAAACAACAUAUGCCUCAGAAAGAAGAGAGAAGAGUAGAAAAAAUGGUAGAUAGGAGAGGCACAGAUGUAACUUUGAAGUCAAAGAAAUCACCUCGUUCCUCUAUGCUCCAUAGAUCAGAAUUGCACAUGAACAUUAGAGGGCAAGAGCAAAAGGAACAUGGAAGUAAACCACCAUGUAUGGUUCAACGAAAAAUUUAUGUUUCCAAACCUUCUCCACCUGAUCUUAAACUGGAUAAAAGUACACAAGUGGAUGGAGAGAAGCUUAGAAGUAAAACAUCCACUCUACUUCCACGAAUGUUUCCAGAAUUCUCAGGUGCAGAAAAAACAGCAGAUAGAGCAGUAAUGCGUGGUAAUGUAAGAAAAGGAAAACCACAUAUGUUACAGAAUGAAGAAAAACAUGAAGCAAAAACAGUAGACCUGAAGCUCUGCUUGCCUUGCAAAGAGGCAAGGAUCUCCCCAAUUUCACAAAUCAUUAAUGCAAAGGAAUUUGUGUUGAAUAUUAAUAAGCCAGAGAAAAAAAUACAAAAAGGUAAAGGUGAAGCAUGUAUGGUUUUGACAAGGAGUUUUCUAUCCAUACCAUCAACACCUCCCCUUUAUCUGGAUUCAGGGAACAAAAUAGACGAAGUCAUGCCAGGAAGUAUAGGAUCCUCUUGUCCACAGCAAAAUUUCCAGGUAUCAUCAGACACCCAGAAAAUGGCAAAUAGAGAUUCAGUUGAAGGUGAUGAUAAAAACAUGGUUAAACAAGCAGAACACCAUGUGCCUCCCAAAGAGGUAAGGGAACAGUCGUCCUCAAACUUUAUGGUCAGCAUCCAGCAAAGGAAUGAACCUUCCAGAGUCAAAUCAGAAGGAGAUUUGAAUCGGUUGGUUUUAAAUUCACAGAAUGAGGAUAUUUAUUUCACAGGAUUUGGUACCAUAAGAAGUGGAAAAAGUCUGGAAUGGCUUUUUACUGGGCAAAAGUCACAGCCAGAAAAAUGCAAAAGUGAAACUUUUACUGUAUGUCUUUCCUAUCCCACGAUGGAUGCAAUGAAAAUUAGAAAUCUGAAGAAAGAACCCGAAAUAAUGGGUAACUUAAACCAUAAAAUAAGUACUAAGGUUUCAGUUUCACUGCCAGGGGAAACAGCGAAGGAAAUGUAUGUCACAUUUGGCAGCCCUGUAAGUUCCAAAGAAUUUUCUGUUUCAGACAGAUAUGCCCACCACCAAGACACUUCAGCAGGUGUGUCUCCAGAUUCUGAAGAUUCGUGUAACUUAGGUAAGCCAGAGAAAGAUGUACAAAGUAAUGAUAACAUAAGCAAAAUGUUUUCUCCCAAAGGGUUAGCACUACAGACAAAGGAAUCACUGGAAAAAAUGAAUAUCACUGAGUGGAGUUCCUCUCAAAAUAUAGAAGAUCAGGAUAUUGACAUGAAAAAGCAAGUGAUGCCAUGGUCUAAAAGUGCACGCAAGACAAGUCUGACUUCUAUCUUUUCUCUUGAGUUUCCACUUCAAAAUGGAAAGCAGAAGACACCAUCGGAAGUAGAUGUGGACGAGAAAACUACAGUGUCCCCCAGCCUACAAAUACUAGCAGGAAUACAUAUGGAUAUUACAGAGUUUGAUGCUGCAAGAGGAAAAAAUGAGCAGGCAUUGCUAGUUUCAGAACAAGAGGAAUGUGUUAUAGAAUCAUUUCAGGAGUCCCUUUCCACCCCUUGGACUUUUCCACUUCAGUCAGGAGAUCUGGAGGGGAAAGAAGAUGACAAAGUAGAAAUGCACAAGAACAAUACUGUCAGUCUGAAGGAGGAAGUAAGACUGGACACAAGCAGUACUAUAAACCUGCAUGUCCCAUCUCUAAAGGCAGAGGAAUCUCAAAUUAAGACUCAGGGAAUCACUCAUAUAGAGAACAACUGUCCAAUCAAGCAAAAACAUAAGAAACUAGAAGCACCUAGUGCAAAACAAAACAUUCAACUACAAAAAUUGUUUCAAAGAAAUAAUCUGGAUUCAUUUUAUUCAUAUACUGCUCUUUCUCCCGAAUUUGAAGGCCGGAAAGGCAGAUUAACAAUAACAGAUCUGAAAAGAGAAUUGAGCUCCAAAUAUUCAACUAUGAAAAUCCCAAGUCACCCAAUUGCAAAGAUUCUUGGUAUCCUAGGAUGUGAUACUCCAAGCAGUAGAAAGAAAUUAGAUGAGGUUAACAAAUCAAAGAACAUGGUUUCAUGGAGUAAAGAUGAGUCCGGAAUAUUUAUCAGAAGUGUUUCUAUUUCCAUGAUGAGUCCACCUCACACUGAAAAGACAGUAGGAUCUGAGACAUACCUAGAAAGAGAAAAGAGGCUCUGUUUUUCUAAAUUCCAAGAGAAGUUGCUAAACACUAAUGAAAUUGUUAAGAGAGACACUUUAACAAUUAUAAAAGGAGGACAGAAUUUUACAAACACAGUUCCACAACAUUCCCAGCUCUCUGUAGUGGAUGGACAACAAAUGCAGAAACUUCCUAAUGUCAAAUCUAAAGCAAGCCUUAGAUGUGAAAUAAAUGAAAAAAUUUUAAAUCCACAAGCAAAAGAAAGUGUUGUUUCAGGGCAUGAUGUCUCAAGGAUCAUGAAAAAACCAGACUUGCAUAUAAUCAAGCAAGAAGAAAACGUACCAAAACGCAUUCUGACACCCACAGAGUGUCUGUCUGUGUUUGGAGAUCCAAAGCUAUGCAAGCAAAGGGAUCAUGGUAAACCAGUGUAUGAUGUGACCACACAAAAGCUUCAACAACGAAAAGUGUUUCCGGGAACUGUACCCAUGCCACCUCAAGUUAAAAGUAAUGAAAUCAAAAUAGCUGCAGAUGGUAUAAGUGCAGAACAUUUACUUCCUAUUUAUAAAGCAAUUAAAAAUGUCUCUGAAUCCCAGGUAAAAAAUACAAUCCAAUACAAAGUUUCUUCUGAUAAACUGGAAAAAGUACAGGCCUAUAAACCUGAUGACUUGAAGUCACGACCUUUUCCAGAGGGUCCAGAUAGAACAGCAACAACAAUAUAUCCCAAAUUACAACAAUUUACUCUCAAAGAAAAAGAUAAGCUUGCUAAUCAUUUAGAGUCAAAAGCACUUGAAAUAAGACUAAAUCAGAUACCAGAGAUGGCAAAAAAAUCCUUACAAAAGUUCAACUUUUAUCUAAAAGGGGCUAUCUCAGAAGAUAACAGUUGGAGGUUCUAUCCAAGACAUAAAAAAAUGAGCUUUAUGUCUCAAGCAGGGAUCGACACUGUAGUGCUUAACUUAAAUCACAAAUACCAAAAAGAUUCACCUCCUGUCAGCUAUAUGAAGACACUGAUUGGUAAUGUUUCGAGUGGCAGCAUGGAGAUUGUUACAAAGUCGAAGAGUAUUAAUAAGGUGGAAAGUGGAACAUCUUCAGUGGUUUCUGCUAGUGAGACACCAUUGUUUCAUAUUCUCCAAAAGUACUCAGUAAAAGAAAAAGCCAAACUUCUUAUGCACUUUUCUAUGAAAACAUUGGAGAUACAAAUGAAAGCCUUUCCCAGAACUGUAAGAGGAUCUUAUGCAAUGACCAGUGCUCAGGACAGAACGAAACCUUUAUCUAACUGUAUUCAUUCUGCUAUCAAAGUACCUAAACGAAAAAAUAGAAUUUUGUUACUUUUUGAGGAAAAACUUCUUCAUCAAAUAGAUCUUGAUUUACAAUACAAAUACCUUCGAUUUCUCCUGGGGCUUCCUGUUGGAAGUAUGUUCCCUAAGCCAAGUGCACUUCCCAAACAUAUUCUUAAAUUAAAGACAAUUGCAGUAUGUAAAAAAGUAGAUGAUAGUGGGGAAAGCUAUAGUUUUUCCAUUGAUACAGAACUGUUAGAACAACAUAUCUCUUUCAAAAAGCAAAGCCCCCAUGAAAACUCAUCACUCAGAAAAUUCCUAGAGCCAACUCACAUGCAUGCUUUUGACCCUAAUCUGCAUAGCCCAGCACAGGUAGAUACUCGAGUUCUUUCACAGUUAAAGUCCCAUGUGACUCCAGAGAAAGAUAAACAAUAUCAUGUAUGUUUUCAAGAAAUAAAUGCAUAUAAAUCUUUUGAUUUAAGGACUCAGAGAAAUGCUACUAGUUUAGUUGAUUCACAUACAACUCAAAUUUCUGAAGAUUUUACUGAUACUCAGAAAAAUGUUAAGAGUCCAGCUAACCUGGAGGAAAGUCCAGCUCUUGAAGUACAUGACAGUGAGGAAUGUAUGUUUUUAGAAGCCAACUCUUAUUUAAGUGAGGAGUCACAAAACAUUCUUUCUGAAGUACAGAAAGGCAUUCCUUUGAAAAAUCUCUGCAGAAUGAAAGAAACCACGACUGAUUUGAAACCAUUUUACAGUGAAGAUUCGGGUUCCCAUCAUACUAAAGGCUAUAAAAAACAUACCUUAAUUAAGAGACCACCUUCUUAUAAAUCCCACAACAGCGGGAAAUAUAGAUCAUCCUCCAAAAUGAAAUCUCCUGACUGGUUGUGUCAUAGUUCAUUCAAUAUCGCAGAAAUUCAGGCUACCUCAUCUACUAUAUCAUUCAGUAAAGAGAAACUUUCAGGGACUACAAGGAACAGAACAAGUUACUCUUUAGCUCCCUUAACUGAGUCAAAUAUUAAAUUACAUCUUGCAAAAAACCAAGGCAAGUUUCACAUGCACCCAGAAAGCGAAGAAAGAAAGAAUGCCAAAUUUGAUUUAUUUAGGAAGAACAACAGUCAUUCGGACUAUGAUUACAGUUGUACACACAGUAAAGAGAAAUGCACAAGAAAGAAGAAAGUGUGUGAUUAUGAGUCAGAAAGAUCAGAUUAUUUCCAAAGCAAACAUAAAUCAGCAUCAAAACCUCAUCGCCAGGAUAUCAACUUUCAUUCUGAAGGAAGACAAAACCAGCCAUUUUUUUUUGCCUGUAUACCAGCGGACUCACUGGAGAUUAUACCCCAAACCAUUCGCUGGACUAUUUCUCCCAAAACCUUAAGGAAGAGAAACUUCAGAGUUCCCCUGGUGGCAAAGAUUUCAAGUUCUUGGAAUAUAUGGAGUUCGUCCAGAAAGUUGUUGGGAUCACUCUCAGGGUCCUUUCCUACAGUUCAUCAAAACUGAUAUUACUUAUGUAGAGGCCCCUGAAGUGGAAAGCUGGUCACUAUUGUGGUAUCCUGUGAAAAAUAAAACAAUAUAAUGUCAAA